AGGCGAUCAAAUGUAAACUCUGGUGGAUGAUUCCCACAGCGACCUUUGCGGGUAUCGUGGAAAUAUUCGGAUGGAGUGCCAGGUUAUGGUCGAGCCAGAACCCCGAGAUUUUGAUGCCUUAUGAAAUGCAGCUCGUCGGCACUGUCUUAGCACCCACUCCACUAGUUGCGGCCAUAUUUGUCAUCUUUGGCAGAAUAAUCAAGCAACUUGGACCCCAGUUCAGCCGUCUGGUCCCAAAUAUGUGUUGGUGUUACUUUGACGAUGUCAUUUGUUUGAUCGUUCAAGCUGUUGGAGGCGCAUUGGCUGCGCAAGCCGUCAAUGAGAACGAAGGCGGGAACAUUAUGCUAGGAGGGAUUUCUGCCCAGUUUAUAUCCGUGUACCGCACAGUGGAGCUCGCCGAUGGGUGGUCAGGGUCAGUGAUUGCGAACGAGUCCUACUUCAACUGGCUCGAUGGGGGUUUCGUGACCCUCGCUAUCUAUACUCUGAACAUUGUUCAUCCAGGUAUAUAUUUGAAGCGGGAUGCUACUGUUCAUAUUUCAAAGCCAGACGGAGACGAAUUCGUUCAAGAUUAUGCAUGUUGAUUGUCUUUUGACGAAUCGGGAGGCUCGGACUGUAAACGAGGAAGAGGUCGAAAUAAGUAGCUCACCUCAGUUUUAGUUGGAAAGCCUGAGGGAAGGGGACAUUAUGGACGCUGAAACGUGAAUGUGUAUAAAAUGGAUACGUACGAAUGAUGUAUUGUGAUAUGUCUUUGCGACAUAGCUAGUUUCACUUGUUGCUAAGUAGUAGCAUAUUUAGAUGUGGUGUACCAUUUGUAUCCUGCUUUGCAGAUCUGUUUCUGCAAUG